AUGGCGAUUUCUGACGAUGGUGUCAUGCCCUUCUUGGAGGAAGCAAGGCAGGGAACACAACGGUUUCCCUUCGGACGAUGGGUGUACAAUGCGUAUUCAUAUGAGAUUUCAGCCGACGGCGUGUUCACGCAAAAGCUGCGAAACGGAAAGACUGCGCGUGGACAGCUAUGCCAGGAUUCGGUUACCCCAUGGGCCUGGUCGGCGAUGCUGUCUGAGGGUGGACAGAUUGCGUUUCAAUUGACCAGGCACUGUCAGCUGAGAACCAUGUAUGUGCGCAACGACCAGAGCAAAGCCGGUACAGCAGACCAUGCAGGAAUGCUUGGUCUCAUGAACGAGCUCAGUGCCAAAAGUGCUUGGACGGCAAGUUUGAAUGGCAUCAUGGAGUUCGCCAUCACCGCGCAGCUUGCCGAUGACAUGCUGGCGAAGUGUGUGGGGGCAGUGCACAAGAUCUUUGAGUGGGUGGACGAGUUCAAUGAGCGCUACAAGUCGUUCUCAAGAUGUUCCAAUCCUCAGUUCGAUUCAUUCAUGCAGGAAGUGGCCGAGUCCGUCACCGCAUUUAUCCGGGCAGGAGACCUCCAUGACCCGAAGCGGACUCCUCGCCUCGUUGUCGCCACGAACUUCAUCCGGUGUUUGUUUCAGCGAUGGCCAUAUGUCACCAAGAUGACAUAUUACCUGACAACAACUGUUUAUCACUCUUCGUUGCAGGCUUGCCGCGACACCUACAGCACAAUGUUGCGUGCAUCUCAAGGCAAGCUACAUGCCUGCUUUGCCAACAUGGGCGAAGAGAAUCUCGAAAGCUUGCUGAAGCAGCUGGAAGCAUUGGCCGAAAGAGAGGAGAAGGAUGCCAAAGAGCUACCUUAUGCUCGCUUGCUUGAAAUGGCGGCUUACAUCUCCACAAGGCUGCACCAGAUGCUUCCGUUGACGGAGCACCAGAACAAGUUCUUCAACUUGGAGUACCUGCUUGUUACUAGUGCUAAUCAGGCGCCGGACAGGGCCAGCUUUGGUCUGGAAGUUGCUCCAUACAUGGGCCUGGCUGCGACUUGUGCCUGUGAUGCAGAGCUGGCUGCUGAGCGCCUGGCGGAAUGCAUACAUCGGGUGAGUGGCUGCCUGACUGGAGGCCAUGAGUCAGAUGCCAUCCUGCAGCUAGCUGUGCUCGGAAAGAGGAGCUCUUCAGCAGAGUUGUCUUCCGCCUUUGCGACAUCUCCGACUCUGUUAGGCAAAGAGCCCUUGCCCGUGAUCAUCACGAGGAAGCCGGCGCCAGUUUUGUCGAGCAUUUGCUUUGGCCACUUCUUCAAUCACGCGCUCGUGUUUCUGCAUGGCCUGUGGCGAGCUGCUCUUCUUGGCGGGCAGCAUAUCAGCGCCUAUGGCCUUGCACAGGCUAAAGAGGAGCCCUUCAUCCGGCAACUUCAAAGCCAGCUUGCACUCGCAACCGCGCUUGUUGAUGCCUGCAAGCGAACUCCGCGAUUUCUCCAGCAGAUGACGGUCGACUUGGCAGCUGCUGACUGGAUGGACAGGGAGAUGCGAUGCAAUGUGAGUAUUCGGCUCAUUCAUUCUUCACUCGGCGCCGGAGGGCUGCACCUGGAGCUGGACAAGUGGGAGGCGUUGAUGGAGCAAUAUAUCGGGACGAGUCGUUUGCCUGACUUGCUACAGCUGGUGUUGCAGAGCCUGAGGCUGAACGUCAGAGACAUUCAUCGGCUCCUGUUGCGAUGUCCGGCGGCUGUGCUGACACAGGAUGUGAAGAUCCGGGUCGAGAGGGCCGUUCAAGAAGCCGAGAAGUGGAGCAUCGAGAUCUGCAAGCUCUGUUCUUCAGAACAAGACACCGCCAAGCUUUGGAUAUCUGAAGCAUUCUUGCGAUGCUGGGUGCCAGAACUGUCAGAUGUUCCGCCGGAGUCCCCACAGGAGGAACUAUUUCUGAGGUGGCUUGGUGUCGAGCAGCGUCUGGCUCAACCCGAGCUCGUACUCCAGCGACUGAAAUCACAUGCGACCUUCAUCCACCGCUUCCUAGACGACCUGCCUGAGCACCCUGAGGCCUGGGUGUCCGAGUGGCAAGCCAUUCAGGAAAAGCCCUGGCCCCGACUGCGGCCGUUGCUGGACGUGUUUGGUAGCGGCGAGGAUGUGCCGACAGGCUUGCAGUUCUUUCGACAGCUCCGCAAGGUGGCCUCGGCGGGCCAUCUGCCAUUUCGUGUUUGCGCAGAGCUGGUCCUCGCAGGAGACGGCCAUGCUGCCAAGCGCAAUCUGAUGAAUCUCAUGGACAACGUGGACGCCAUGUGUGCGGACACUGCCACUAGGUUCAUCGAUGAGAUCCGUGAUCAGUGGCAGACAUCAGAAGACCUUCGGCUGGAACUCCAGAGACGUCUACAGCUAUUGGAGUGGCUCGUCGAGACCUACAAGUUCGAUGAGAUCGCUAGCGAUCGAGACCGGUUGAAACAGCAGAUGGCAAGAAGCGAGGAUCGCACGUUGCUUGAGCUGCAACGGUUGGUGCAGAAUGCCUGCGAUGUUUUCAGAGGCUUCAACCAGCGCCAGGAGACCUUCGACUUCUUGCAGCACUUCAUGCGAGCGGGCUCCGCCCUCGUGAAUCCUUUGCUCAAGCACUUCGCUUUCAACUUCGCUAGCGAGCACGGCCUCACCGAAGAGGAAGCGAAACUGGGCUUCGAGGACUUCGGCCAGGUCGUCCAGCGGUGUCACGAGGAGCUUCGGAAGCUGGCACUGGGAGAGAAAGGUAGCGUCGUGGACGCAGACGUCUGGAGGCUAGUGGUGGACGAGUUCCGGAAGCCCGAAGUUAGGAUGGAGAAGGAGAUCGACCUGCUCUUGGAGUUCUUUGGCCGCCACGUCACAGAGAAGGAUGGGGAGGCUGCUGGUGCCGGCGGCUUGUUGUCCAGCAUUCGGGGAGUGUUCCAGAAAGGCGGCAAGCCCAAGUUGGAAGCAAGGCGUGAGAUGGUCACGAAUGCCUUCUACGCACAUGUUGCCUCCGGCUACAUCUCGGAUGUGGAGCGUGCGUUGCAGUACAUGCGCCUCGACUGGGCUGUGGAGUGCGGGACCUUCCAGAAAUUACAAGUCCUGAAGGAUGACACCCUCUCAGCUAAGCAAGUGGACGUGGAGGCCGACGCCCUUCGGCUGCGCGAGUUCCGGGCCCUUGGCCUGGACUUCGAGGAUGCUCGAGAGCUGCACUUCUUUCAGACCCUCUCACAAAAAGUCUGCGUCUUCGAGUUCUUGGUGGAGCAGGGCUUCACCGGACCCAACUGCUUGCAGCAGUUUCAGCAGAGGGUCGGCAUCGUGCGCCAGUUCCUUGAAGAGGAAGUGCAGGUUCGCCAAGCACUGCUGGCGGAGUUGGGGGAGUGCGCGGCCGUGCUGGCGGGCUUCCUGGCUUUGGAGACUCCCGAAAGCGAGGCAGAGCGCUCCGAGGCGCUCAUCCGGCUGCUGAAGGGGGUGGGUCUCUGCAAGCCUCGACCACGUGUGGAGUCCUUUGCCGGAGUUGCCGCGCAGAUUCAGCUCAUCCGUGCCCUGUUUGCCAAUGUUGACCGUCAGGGAGGACAGGGCAGUGAAUUGCUGCUCUGGUCUGUUGACCAGAUUCUUACUGGGCAACUUGUCCUGCAGGGCUACCAAUCAGACUUCUAUUGUUGGUACAUGUACAGAGGGGCGGGUGUGGAGCGCACCGUGCAGGUGUCGUCAACCAACCUGACAGAGUAUUCCACAAGGAGCCUGAUGAGCCUGGAGGGAUUGCAGGAGAACCCAGAGAAGUUCGAGUUGCUUCAAGCCUUCCUUGAGAAGGUGCCGGCCAUUGUGAGUAAUGACACCGGCCUCGCAGCCACUGCAGCUGCACUUCACAAGAUCGGACAUCCCAGAUUCCGUCAGAACGUCGAGAUUUGCAUGAGGAGCAACUUGGCCGUUGAGGCCCAGCUGCAGUUUGAGAGCUUGGGUGCUUGGAAGCAAGAGGUCUUGCACACCAUGGAAGCCGCCCCGCUGCUAGGCCUCGUACCUCGGGGCCAGUUGCAUGCAUGGCUUGCCCAGGCAUACACUGAAGGCCUCACAGGGGAUCUGCUGAACUCAAUAUCCGAAGGGCUCAGUGCGUGGAGCCAGUGUAGCUCGGAAUCCCUCGAAACCAAACUCUUGCUGUCGGGCAUCCACCUGAACCAGCCGCUGGAAGCCAGCGCUGCUUUGGCCGCCCUCUGCCUGUGCUGUGAGGAUCUGCAUGUCAGAGACGACCGCUGUGCCGGGCCCGGGCGCUUUCAGGUCCAGGCCAAAGACAGCGAGGAUGCAUUGAAGAAGCUGGCGCACCUCUUCCUGGCGCUGGAUGGUGGGCCCAAGAGGCUGCCACGGCCAUCUGAGAUCCUGUUCUGUGAUGACAGAGUUCCGGAAGCCGAGGUUGAGGCAUUUCUAUGGAGAUCACGCAGGUUUUCGCAGCUGCUUUUCGUGCUUGUCGAGCCGAACCGCCUUCCGCCGGAGGGCAAGAAGCUGAUCGCAGAGUGGCUGGCAAGCGAAGAUCUGCAAGAUCGAAGCUCCUCCGUGGGCGUGAUCCUGACAUCGCCCUGGUACAUCCCCGCUUCUGCGCAGGUGCAUGAGAUGCCGGUGCGCCCGGAGCAGGCUGUCCAGGUUUGGCGGGAGCAGUGCCCAGCAGAGGUCUUGCUUUACCACUCUGAGCCGUCCGAGCCCGAGUCCGCAAGGGGUACUGGCCCGUCUUCGGGAAAGAGCACCUACAUCCGUCAUCGCUGCAUGCGGGAUGACGAGGAGAUCAUGAGCUGCAUCUUGCAUGAAGGCUUUGAGUUGAGCGAGUUCAUCGCUGAGUCUCGCAGGCAGAUCCUGGACAGCAGCCUUGCUGGCCGCCGAGUCGCGCUUCACAUCGACGUGACGGCAUACAGCGACUGGGAGCUCAGCAAUGCCUUCCUCAGGCACCUCUUGCUGUGUCAGGUCCUCUAUGACCCCACCUCGGGGCAGAUGGUCUCCCUCCCAGAUGGCACCAGGAUUCACGUGGAGGUUGGUGCCGUCGUGGGCAAGCGCGACAUCCACUCGCUCCGGCCCUAUGCCACAGAGGAGACGAUGCAAGCACGCUUCCCGCAGCAACAUAAGAGCGGGCACCAACUCACACUGUCACUUCUGUACCCCAUUUUGGAGAUUGUCGGUCGAGAUGUCUCGAUCGAGGUGUCGACAUUCCCACUCCAAGAGGGAGAGUGUCAUUACUCAUCCCAGCUGAGAAGCUGCCGGGACGAGCAAAUCCACACCCGCUUGGAAUGCAACUCCUGUGGUGUAACACCCAUUCGGGGGAAGUGCUACACUUGUCAGGUUUGCCCCGACUUUGACCUCUGCGCCCAGUGCUAUGAAAGCUACCAAGACCAUCACGAUGCCAGCCACAGAUUCCGAGAGCGACAGGCAAGUGCUCUUCCCUUCCGCUUGAUGCAAGCCUUCUUCCAGCCACACCCGUUGGAUGAGGCUCGACGCUUGUUGGACAUCCGUCCCGGCGACGUGGAGCUGCUGGCCUCAGUCAGAGCGAUCGAUCCAUCACAGGUACCCCCAGGUGCCGAGGUAAUCGAGGAGAUGGGAGAGACAUCCAACUUGGGCUUUGUGGAUAUUGAUUUUCGUCGUCUCCGCAACCCACCGGACUCAGCCAGCACAUUGCAGGUGUUCGCAGCCACAAGUGGCCUGUCGGAGGCACUGACUCGGGCGCACGAAGAUUUGAUCGUGCGCCGAGUAGGGAUACUUGGCAAUUGGAUGGCCAAGUCACGCACCUUCAGUGGAUCCGAUGGCCGAGAGUUCAAUGGACUUGCAUCUCUUCUGAUGCAAACGAUGGGUGUCAACCUACAAAAGCUCGGAAGAGGAGAGGAGGUCUGCAUCCAUUUCGUGGUGCCCUACACCCAGGAUGCUCAGGAGGACUUCCUGAUCUUCAUCCCGUCUUUAGUGCAAAAUCCCUUUCAGCCCGAUGAGAGCAUUUGCUGUCACGGCCCCGACUGCGACUGCAAUGCGACCCGGCUCCAGCUGCUGGAGCGGUUUCCUGAGAAAGUCUUCCUCUCCGACCCUGUCUUUCGCAUCGGUCUGCUGCCCUCCGCAGAGGAGGACGAGCGACAAGGCGUUGAGGCCUUGUCGCUGGCUUUCGGCAUUCCCCCACGGCGCAUUCAGGAGAUCUUCGAGAAGGAGCGCUAUGUUCUCACGCGGGACUUCGCCUGCAAGAUUCUGGAGCUCCUGGCCCGGCGUCGAUCGCGAGUUCCGACCAUCCUCGUGGGCGAAAGUGGGACGGGCAAGACCCGAGCACUGGAAAUCCUGACAAUCCUGUUGCUGGAGUGUGACGAAGUGCGUCCGCCCCUGGCCAAAGUACUCUACAAUUUCAUGCGGGGCAAGCUGGUGGAAGUGAAGGAUGCCAACCCGAACAGCCACGCCGUUGGGGUCGUUGAGGCUUGCAUGGAUGUGCUCCUCAACCACGGCUUCACCGUCCGCGGCUUGAAGGAUGUCUUGUCGAACGCAGCUCUCUUCGGGGACGAUGCGGAGUUGCUUGAACCCAUCUUCACUCGCAAGGAGCUGCUACAGUGCAUUCUUCAGGAACUGCGUGCCUCCGCCCGCUACGAUGUUGGGCUGUUCCACCUGCUGCUGCGGCACCUGCCGUUGGAUGAAGAAGCAGAUCCUGUGGAAGCCGCACAGGCUGCGCAGAGAGCUCUGAAGCGCAGCCAGAACGAGUGGAGGAGCCUCAAUGACGAGGCCAAGGAAAUCGAGCGACGGAAAAACAGCUUCCUGCUCGUCCUCCACUGGGCACGCGAUGAAGCGUUUCCAGCAGAUGCUGAGCCGACGGCUGACGAUGCAGCGGACCUGGAGCAGGGAACCGAAGACGUGAGCACAGCGAGCCUGCUUUUCGCCCUGCGCGCGGUGACCCUCCUGCCAGUCGAGCCAGUUUUCUUCCGGGUGCAGGUCCAUGCCGCAUUGACGGCAAAGGACAUCGAGGCUCAGCUGCGGCCGGCAUUUGCUGCAUGCAGGCGUGAGCCAGACAUGACUGUGAUCAUCUUCUUGGAUGAGGUGAACACAGCGUCGUGCUUGGGCUUCGUGAAGGCGAUCCUGUGCGACAAGUUCCUAGUGGCAGACUUCGAGAACCUCUUCAUCAUCGCGGCUUCGAACCCCUAUCGAGAAGAAGCCAGCAACGAAGAUUUAGUCCUACGAGGGAGCAGUACGGUCAUGCGCGACUUCUUCCAGGUGCAUCCUUUGCCGCCCUCCUUCCGACCAUACAUCUGGAAUUGGAAGUCACCCAGUGCAGAUGACGAGGAAAGAUACGCGCUGCUUCUGCUUCGUCGCCGAGCCACCAUUGCAGAAGACGAUCCAGAUCUGUAUCGAUUCGCACGGACCAUUGCUGCAGCUCAGAACUUCAUGAGGGCAGAGUUGGGGUCAGAAUCGGCAGUGUCACAGCGCGACAUCAUUCGUGUGGUGCGCUUGCUCGGCUUCUUCCGGCAGCAUAGCUUCGCCCAGCCGGAAGCGAACGAACGCUGCUGUGCGGCGCGUGCUCUGCUUCUGGCCCUGGGCGUAUCUUUCUACCUGGGGCUCAACAGUUCGCAGCGGGAGCUCUUCACGGAGAGGGUGACAGCGCCGCACUAUGCCGAAAUCUUUGCGGAGGAGACUUGUCACAGUCUUGAUCUCCCCACAGUCCUCGCCGAAGAGAUGGACACCUACAUGAAGCACAUCCAACUCCCAGCAGGUAUUGCGCUGACUCGUGCUUUGAAGGAAAACAUCUUCGCUGUGAUUGUGGGCAUCGAGUGCAACAUCCCAGUGAUGAUCGUGGGCAUGCCAGGAACGGGCAAGACGCUUGCCGUGAACAUCGCCACGGACGUGUUGAGGGGCUCGGGUGCCGUGCCCUUCUUCCGCUGUUUCUGUGACGUGGCAAACUCCGUCUUUCGCUACCAAUGCUCCAAAGACAGCACAAGCACUCAGAUUCAUGAGGUGUUCGAAAGUGCAGUGAGGGCCAAGCAACGCAUAGAAGCGGAGGAGAGCGAACGACGCCCGGUGGUGUUCGUUGAUGAGGCCGGCUUGCCGGAAGAGAAAGUCGAGAGCCUCAAAGCCAUACAUUACUGGAUCGAUCAAGGAGCCGUUGCCUGCUGCAUUCUGGCCAACAAGCCACUGGACGCUGCAAAGCGUAACCGAUGCCUUCAGGUAUUCCGUGAUGAAGCCGAUGGUGAGGAUUUGCGGCUUCUGGCGGCCGAAUGCUUGGGGGUCAGUCGCGAGGACCCUGCCUCGCGGAAUUUGGUGAAUGGCUUCUGCAAGGCCUUCCAGGAAAUCUCCGCCGGUCGGUGGACGAAGAGCAAAACUGCCUUUGGAAUCUUCCAUCUGCGAGACUUCCACCACUGCCUGCGCUAUCUACGCCGCGGUGGUCUCGUUCGGAACGGCUCUGUGUCAGCAUCGAGUGUGCUGUCUGCUCUGGAGAGGAAUUUUGGAGGAUUGAAGAAAGAGGACUUCGUGGCCUUGUGCAAGGUCUUCUUUGGACAUCUCCGAGAAGAGACCGGGGGGCGGAUCUCAGAGCUGCAGGAAGCCGGGCUCAGGUCCACCUUGGCCGUCUUGCAGGAGGCCCUGCUCGACAUCCCGGAAGCAGACUUGCAGGAUGCGAACUACGAGCCCUGCCGCUACAAGUUGAUCAUCGAUGAGACGGAGGAUGGUGGAGCCGUGCGCAUUCUGCAGUUGGCUGGGCUUCUGCCACCGCAGGUCAAAGUUCUGGAGGUGAGCAACUUGCCGGGUGACCAGAGCGAUUUGCAUCGCAGCCAAAUUGUGAGCGAAAUUCGCAGGGCUGCGGAACACCCGGGCCUGUGCGUGAUGGUGGACUUCGACGAGAUCCUGGAUGGGUUCUAUGAUCUUCUGAAUCUCCGCUUCCAGCGCAUCCAAGCGAAUGGCCGCGUGAGCUUCGCAGCGACGGUGGCCGCUGGAAGCUACUCGGUCCUGGCACCCGUGGAUCCACGCUUCCAGCUCGUAGUUUGCAUCAGGGCCUCAGAUCUUGCGCAGACCCCGCUGCCCUUUCUGAAUCGCUUUGAGAAGUUCUACUUGGGCCCAGCAGAUUUGGCCAUGCACAACGCCGACAUCCGAUGCCAUCAUCAACUCAACCUGCAGUUCAUUCGCGAUUACUUGCUGCAGCCUGUACGCCAGCGGCUUCAGGCCUUGGUUCAGCUGCUCGGCCCGGCGAGUCUCAUCGGUUUCGAUGCGACCACCAUGGACUCCGCCAUCAACGAAGCCAUGCAGGCGAGCCGAUGCCAGACGGCCCUACAGCUGCUGACUGCUGGCUGGGAGGAGGGCCUGGCCGAAGAGUCGAAGACCGAGAAGCCCCUUUCUGAGGAGUGGCCCGGAGACCUCAAGGUGAAGGCCAUCCAGACCGAACCAUCCGAUCCGGCAGCUUGUAAAGGGCACGAGAAUCCGGGGAACACCUGCUUUCUGCAAGCGUGCCUCGUAAUCCUCUGCAUGCACGAGGCACAUCUGCUCCCGGAGGAGCGUGAGGCGGAGCCCUUCUUCCUCAGCGACCUGCGGCACAUCCUGAAGAAGUCGAGGCGACAGCAAGUGCCGCGAGAGGACAUCUGGUCCUUGGCACAAAAACUCGAGCGUGAGGGGAUCAUGCAACCAGGGGAACAGGACGAUGCCGCGGAGAUGUUCGAGGCGCUCUUGGACAAGUGCCAGAGCCCCAAGCUGGCCCUGCCCACCAUGACGUGUGCCAGGGAGGCGGAUUGCCUCGGCCUGGACGAUCCUUCCAGAAAGGUCUACGUGUCCAACGAUCUGAACGAGUACAUUUUGCGAACAGCUAUGGGUUCUGACAAGGACUUCGCUGAUUUGCUGCAAGAUAUUGUCAUGGAGAGUGUCACAGCUUGCAAAGUCGAGUUGGGGGAAGAAGGCAGCAUGAAGGAACUUGAGCUGCCAACCGCUGUCCGGGCCAGGCGACGCUUGCCCGGUCAGCUUCCGCCGCGCAUCUUACCGUUCUGCUUCGGGCGCUGGGAUGCGGAAAGGAUGCAGAAGAACGACGGUAUCCUUACUGUGCCCAUGGAGGGCCUGACAUUGCCUUUGUUGCCUCCAUCACAGGACUCCCUGCUGCUGUCUCACAUGGAACACUGGCUGUACGACCUUGUGUCUUUCAUCGUUCAUACCGGCAGUUUGGACAACGGGCAUUACAUUGCGUACUUCAAAGCCAGAAAUGGCUGGGAGGCCGUGGACAACGAUCGGUGCUAUCAGCUAAGCGCUGCUGCUGCCAGGCACCAGGCUGGCAAGGCUUAUCUUCUGGUCUACAGGCUGGCGGGCUACAAGGGAACUUUGCCCGCAGACAUGCUGGGCAAACCGCAACUUCGAAAACGAUUGGACGAUCGCCUCCAGGACGCCGUGGCCACCCUCGCAGAGGAGGCAGCGGGCCACUUGCUCCAGCUGGCGCCCUCCGAGACUGUGUUGAGCCAUCGGAAGUCCUUGCCGGAUAACCUUACCACAGGCUAUGUGCAGAAACCCCACACAGGCCUGGCCUCAGUGAUUGCGGAGCUCAAAUCUUCUCCCCAGACGCACUACUUGAUCCUUACUCGUGACGUGCUCCUUGCUUCCGGCGAGUGCCCUACCACGCAGAUCAGACGGGAUGAUGUGGACGUCCACCUUAUGCCGCGGACCAGGCAGGAGACCAUCGAACUGCUACGUGCAAGGAAACGGAUGCAGAAACCGCUCAUGGUAGUCUGCCGAUUGUCCAGCAGCUUGUCAAAGGGAGCCGACGUCCAGUGCACAUCGCGGGCCGUGCAUCAGCUGCGCCGCCUGGCAGACGAGCACGAUGUACAUCGCCUCGCCGUGACACUCCUUUUGCCUCCUAAAACCCUGCAUGAAAGUCGAUGCUACGAAGCUGCUUUCCUUGGUAAUUGGCAGAUCUUUCAUUUGGACUGUCUGGACGAUGCGGAAUCUCCGGCGCUGGUUGCAUCGAUUCUAUCACCCAGCCCUCCAGACACGGAAGAUCAUGUGGUGAGCGAAGACGAGCUGCAGAAGGACCUUUGGGCAUCCGUUGCCCGAUUGUCGGUGUCCGAAGGAAUGCGGAAGGCGGCGGAAGCCUGGAUGCAUGAGGCCAAGGGCUUCUACUCCGGAGCCACUUUGCAAACACGGGUGGACCUGCUUUGGCAGCUGCUCUCAGAGCCAAGCGCUGUCUUCCUGCUAGAGGAGUUGCAGAGGAUUCGUUCCGCGGCCCUGAAGGAUGUGUCGCUUCGCCAGGAAGCGAUUGCAGCUGCUAUGGAGAUCAUGGAGAUGGAUGUGCGGCAGAGGCGGCCAAUGCUUUGCUUGCAGACCACCGUCCGAAACAAGUGCGCUGAGAGGGUCAUUUCCGCGUUGACUGCGGCCCUCCACUGGAUCUGUGAUCAAGGUGGCCUGCUGAGCUUGCAGCUCGGUGGCCCAGGCGAGGCACCUUUAGCCAUGGCCCGCUACGUGAAGCUCCGCGCAGCGGAGGGCUACGGCGUGCCGGAUACAGCGCUGAUGCCAGCUCCGCAUGACCAGAUGCUGCCGUGCUUCCCACUCCUCUUCCGAAAGCUGCAGGAGUGCCUGCUGGACAGCCGCAGCAGCUCUCGUCACGACGAGACGUCUGCAGAAGGUUUCUUCGAGGAUUGCGAGGAGCAGGACCUGGUGGCACUCACGACAUCGGCGUGGAGCAAACAUCCUUACUCCCAACUUGCCGAGCUGAUCGCAAACUCAGGCCUUCUACCGGCCUAUUCCGGCUACGUGGCCGCGCGCUUCGGCUUCGGCCACGUGGCGGCGACGCUGCUCCGGGCUUGGGCUGAACCCUACAACGCUGCAGCACAGCUCCCAGGCCUUCACGCCUGCGCUUGGUGCCACCGCUCAGACUUGGGUGCCUUGAGCUUCCUCUUCCAGGAUGGAGUCCCCCAGGAGGUGCAGGAGCAGUUGCGCAGACAGCAGAGCACUGGCACUGGCGCGCAGGUCUUCUUCGGGCCUGGAUUGGCGACAACUGUCCUGGACAUCUUGGAGAAGCAGCUUCAAGUGGCCUUGUCCACUGCUUCCCAGCGCCGAGAGCGCCUGGACAAGUGGCACCACUCCUUCGAGAUGGCCCGUGCCACGCUGAGUGGGCGGCUGAAGCUCUCGGUGACCCAGAUGGGAAAGCUAAAUCAUUUGGCUUUCUUCGGCAACCUUGUCCCCUGCUUCAUGGACAGUCAGGGCUUGGAUCUGUUGCAGAGACUCCUGUCAGCUGGGGGCGAAGAAAGAGCCCUCCGUCGAAAAUGCCUGGCUAUCCUGGCUGAGCAGCUGUGUGGUGCGGACCAGCUCGACUUGGAGAGUGCGAGGUUUGCUCUUCAGCAAGUCCUGGAUGGUAUGUUCUGGCCAAUCCGACGGUCCCAAAGCCAAGGCCAAGUGGUGAAUCUCUUUCAAGACUGCCUUGACCUGACCUUGGACAUCGCCGAUAGCCGGGGCAUCUUUGCUAGGUGUUAUGCGCUCAUCACCCCUGCGUUGGCUGCAUCUGCCAUUCAGCAAGUACUUGAAGCCAUCGACGCACACCCGAGCAAGAAGGCCGAGAUGUUGCAACUGCUGAGUCGAGAGUUCUCUCGGAGAGUGGAUCUGGGCCAUCCGUGCACCACUCAGCCACUGACGUUUUGGCUCGAGUGGACGGGCCCGGCUGAAGGCGACUCGACGAGCUCGCUGCCCUUCCUGCUUUACUCGGCUUUCCGCACCGAGGUGGGCCGUAAGCUCCUGGAACUUGACAAGGUGAAUGCCUUGGAAGAGCUGCAGAGGGAGAGGCAAAAGCAACACCAAGAGGGCAACAUGUUCGCUUGGGUCCGACGGGCCGCACGCCAUCACCUGCUCAUAGAAGCAGUCGCUGACAGAGUCGCUCGCAGACAAAUUGCCACAGCUUCGGACGCGAGGUUGCUGCAUGAAGUUCUGGGCGGUUCAGCGGCAGGCGGCGCAGAGGAUCCAGAUCCGGCAAGCCUGCUCUUCUUCCAUUCGCUGGUCGCACAUGCAGGCUCCAUGGCAACUGCAGGCAGGGCCCUGGAGACGCUUUUGCAGAUGCAGGGCGGCGCUGCUGAAGGCAGUCUGCUUCGUGCAUGGGCUGGAGCCCUUGCCAAGCCAGAAAGUGCCGCGGGAGGACCCGGCGAGGAUCCAUGGGAAGAUCUGCCGGCAGCCGGCAUGCCUGGCUUUGAAGGAGAACGAGCUCGGCGGCAGCGAGUUCAGCAGCACGAGGAGCGAGCUACUCAAGAAACAGCUCGGGGCUAUAAUGUGAGAUGUUGUCCCCGAUGUGGCAAUCCGAUUGAGAAGAAUGCGGGAUGCGAGCAGAUGACCUGUGGUGCCCAUGCGCACCAGCAUCUCACUCAUGGCCAUGGCUGUGGCUUCGAGUUUCACUGGAAUCAGGCUCGCCCGUACCAGCCAAAUCUUGCGGAGGUGAGGCAGCCCCCGGGUUACUCGGCAAUCUUGGAGUGGGUGCUCCGAGAUCAGGACUUCUCCUCGGACCAGGCGGCGCAGGGUGCAGAGACUGCCUUGGAAGGCCUCUCGCAGGAAGACCGUCGCUAUGCCUUUGCCAACGCCUGUGCGUGUGCCUUCCUAAAGCGGGACCACACACAGCCGGCUGUGGCACAGGCCUUGCUGUCAGAGAACUCGGGCCCGCUCCGUGCAUCUCUGGGCCUGGAGGACAGGAAGCUGGCAACAGUCGUUGCCAUGCUGUGCGACACCACUCCGUUGCAGGCUUCACGGAGUCUUGUGGCCGCGGUGCUGUUAGGACGGGACGACUGGGACAUGGCCGCGGCAGGGGAUGGUGCGAAUCGGGCACAGCGGCUGAAGCAUGCGGUUGUGAAUUUGCUGGUGGCCGUGGUAGGCACGCCUGACAACAACCAUUUGAUGAUGUUCUUGCUCGAUCCGCGGGCGAUGCUGAACAGCUAUCCCGUCGGGUUUGUUUACGGCCUCUGCCCGGGUCCAGAGGGCUAUCACUUCGACUGCGGAUGCGUGCUUGACGACCAUGGGCAUGCCAUCCGAAAUCGACCGCCGUUGCGGAACGACCACCUGCAUUGGGUGAACUUCACUUCUGCAGCUGGGCCAUGCUUUCUGUCGGCCUGGCUGUUUUCCCCGAAAGUUGCCGCAGCAUCGAUGAGGUUCUGA